AUGGUUGCUUAUCAGGGCACCGCACGUAAUUUCCGAAACGUUAACCUAGUUUCCGAAACGUCAGGUUUUUGUUUAGUGACUUCUCGUUGCGAUCCUUGGAAGCGGGCGAACAUUACGUUUCUCCUACGACUCUUCCGGAAUGCAUUGCUGUUCGUGCUUGCAGAACCUGCUCUUCAAGCUAUUUUGGACGCGUGGGGUCCGGCCCUACGGCUGAGCCAGACGUGGUUUGUUGCAGCAGACUGUUCGCAAUGGCUCGGUCUCACUUGCAACUCGCUUGGCGAGGUCAUUUCUCUAGAGUUCCCAGGACGAACUGAGCUCCGGGGAGCUUCGAUUCCGGCCGCCGUGACUCAGCUAACGGCUCUUCAGAAUCUGUCGCUGGACCACACCCUUAUUGUUGGCAAUAUCCCUGCUGACAUCGGAUUCUUGACCGCGCUGACGAAUAUGUCGCUUAGCGGAAACGUCUUGACUGGUGAACUCCCAAGCAGCAUAGCCUCUCUGGUCAACCUGCGGAUAUUGGAUGUAAGUUCAAACAGCCUGACCGGAGCAAUACCCAACGUCUUCAGUAGGCUCACUGCUCUCACCACUCUAGCCCUCGGAUCUAAUGGCUUCACUGGAGUCUUGCCACCGUCUCUCCUCGACCUUUCCCAACUCCAGUCACUGCUUCUGGGAGACAAUAAGUUUUCCGGAUUUUUUCCUGAGGGUAUCGUCGGCCUGCAGUCUCUCGUCGCACUGGACAUAAGCCGAAAUCAGUUUUAUGGGAGCCUCCCCGCCGCUUUCGGAACUUUUUCCGGCCUCGUCUUCCUUGACGUUAGCAACAACCAGUUCAGUGGAACUCCGCUUUCUUCCUUCGCCUCUGCUUCGCUCGCAAACACCGCUCAGGCAACUUACGAUCUGAGCGGAAAUUAUUUCAACAACCUGCCGGUUAGCUACACCGCGCAGUCUGCGAAUUUCUGCCCGUCGACUCUAGAAGGCGGUUUCGCUCAGGCAAACCUCGCCCAGUUCGGCGCGUCGAAGACCAGCAGCUCGAGGGAAAAUUGUUUUCUGGGCGGAAAUUGGAAUGUUUCGGAACAUUUUGGUAAUGGAAAGGGCAAGAGCAACAAGAAAGAUCCCAAGAAGUUUGCGGGGAGCAGUGGGGGAAGCGCUACCGCUGGGACUGGUUGCAGCGUCGGCGCACAGCGCAGAGCGAUUGAAUGCGUGGCGUUUUGCGGAGCCGCUCUUCCCGCGGGUGCUUGCGGUGGCCUCGGUUAUUGCACACUCUCCACGCCGUCCCGCACCCCUGCUUGCAUCUGUUACGACGGGAUGUACAAUGUUACCCUGUCGGUUCGCGUGGGUGGUGUUACUGUUACAUACCCUUCGUGCUCGCCGUUCCAAAGCUCCGUCACCCCUCCGCCUCCUCCACCGGACGAGGACACCAUGCGUAAGCGGGACUUCCGUGGUGCGAAAUUGGACGGCGCAGCGGAGAUCAGCGGGUCGUUUUACAACCAGUAUUUCCGUCACAUGACCGUUGGAUUCACGGGAACCGCGGCGAGCCCACAGUGGAACAUUCCGCCGUCCGUUGACUGGACGUCCCGCAUUCCGUCUGCCCUUCUUGCUGCCAAAAAUCAAGGCGCUUGCUCGGCGUGUUGGAUCUUCGCCCCAGUGGCGGCGAUGGAAGCAGCCUACGCCAUUGCCUACAACCUCGCCCCGCCCAACAUAUCCGAGCAGAAGGCGAUUGACUGCCAGGGCACGUGGACAUGUGAUGGAGGCAAGCUGGACGACGCCUUCAACUAUAUCGCUGCCAGCGGCGGACUGCCUACGGCGGAUAGCUAUCCUUACACGGGCAUUCUCAACUCGGGCACGUGCAAGGUGAAUGACCAGAUCUCUGCUCGCUUCCGCGUCCGCCGCCUCCUUUCCACUGAAGAUGCCACCACGUCCGCCACCGCCAACACAGUUCCCGCCCACCACUCCCGCAUGCUCGCUAUCUACAAGCCCGCUGGCGCGUCCCCAAUCCCAGUCUCGAUGCCAUCUGCCCCAUUCUCCAUCUCGAUGUUUGAAAGCAUUGCCGUGACCGGGUGGCUUGGAAUCGCGCUCGCCGUUCAAAGGCAACCUGUUGUGGUUUACAUAGAUGCACAGUCAGAUACUUUCAAGGCAUACUCUGGCGGGUUUGUGUACAACGAUCCUAGCUGCUACGGCGCGGGGAUGCUUGACCACCUGGUAGUGGUCGUGGGUUUCAACAUGAUUGAUGCGGUGCCUUACUGGAUCAUCCGCAACUCAUGGGGCCCCUCGUGGGGCGAGAACGGCUACAUGAGGAUCGCUAUUGCAGGCGGCGUGGGGAUCUGUGGGAUGAACACGAUGCCCGGCCUCUACCCCGUGAUUUCAACCCCUGACCCGUGCAAGCCCAUCAACCCGUGCGGGGGGGGCACCUGCACCUCCACUCCCACCAACAAGAGCCAGCGCAACAAGUGCACAUGCCCUGCUGGGUUCAUGGCCGUUACCAACCUCGACAAGACGCAGACCUGCGCCCUUGCCAAGGUUUGCACAUUCUUUGUGGUCAACCCGUGCGGCUUUGGCACAUGUGUUGACGACGGCAAGGGCGGUUACACCUGCCUCUGCUCCUUGGGUUACACCCUUGGGUCUCUCACCGACGGCACCCCCACCUGUGUGCCGGGCUCACUUGUGACCAAGGUCGUGCUGCCUGUUGCCAUGUCCUGUGGCUUAGUCCGCACUACGUACCAGCUUUCGAAGAAGGAUUUUGUGGCCCUCAAUCCGAAGCUUAAGUGCGCUGGUAACUUCCCAGCUGGCACAACCAUUGUCAUCCGCAAUCCUGGCACUGCUACUGCUACACUUGGCUGUGUUGUUCCCUACACGAUUGCUCAGGGUGACACCUGUGCAUCUGUUGCCACCCUCUUCAGCGUGACUCAGGCCUACCUCAAUGUUGCCAACCCAGACUUGGAGUGCAACGCUCUCACACCAGGCCAGCAAAUCUGCGUGCAAACAGGCACUCCGCAAGUUCAGACCUGCACAACCUACUACACAGUCAGCCCUGGGGAGACUUGCAGUGAUGUCAUGAUCAAUACCUAUCCUCCAAUCAGCGCUGCGCAACUGUACCAGUACAACCCGGGACUUAUCUGCACUUCCGACACUUCACAACGUCUUAUUGGGCAAGAC